AAUUAUUCUAUCACUAUGUACGAUUUUUGUUAAAUAAUAAAGAAUUUUAUUGUUUGUAUCGAAGUUUUGAUGCGUUAUCAUCUGUAUACAAAUAUCUUGUCGAUAAUCACGUGGGCCAGUCAUACAUAAUUAUAUGCCAUUUGAUUUGAUACUGUUCAACCAUCCAACAUCCUACGAGCGUAAUUCGGUCACAAUGUUUGCGAUAUGGAGCAAAAAGCAGUUCAGCAUCAGCAUCAGAAAUGGUUUCUGAAACGAAGAUGUAGUUGGGAAGUGGGGAUGCAGCGUCAAGUAAGACAUUAAAGCUUAUGCUGAUGUGGAAGUUCCGAGUAAGCUGAAUAGGAGCCGUUGAAGUUUUAUUCGUUAUUAUUAGAAUUCGUUUCCUAGGAAUCAAGAUUUUAGUAAUUUUACUCACGUAUCGAUUUUCGAUACAAUUUACUAGUCUUGCGUUUAAGUGAGUUAUGCAAGAAUUCAUGCUUCUCCAAAUUUUAAUCGGUUUUUCUGUCUUGGCGACGGCAAUCUCGAAGCCGGAAAACGAACACAAGACGCGAGUUGUUAAUAAGGAGCCAAGCGAAGAGGAACAUUAUGUUGAUUCUCAACAUAAUCCAGCAUAUGAUCAUGAAGCUUUCCUUGGUGAAGAAGCAAAGACUUUUGAUCAACUUACCCCUGAGGAAAGUACACGGAGAUUAGGAAUAAUAGUUGAUAAAAUAGACAAGGAUAAAGAUGGUUAUGUUACUGGUGAAGAGCUUAAAGACUGGAUACUUUACACACAGCGACGUUAUAUACGUGACAAUGUUGAACGCCAAUGGAAAUCACAUAAUCCUGAAGGAAAAGAGAAACUUCCAUGGGCAGAGUAUUUAGCAAUGGUUUAUGGAGAUAUGGAUGAACAGGAAGCAGAGAAUCAUGAGAAAUCUAAAGAAAAUACUUUUUCAUAUGUAGCUAUGCUCAAGAAAGAUCGUAGGCGUUGGUCAACUGCAGAUUUAGAUGGUGAUGAUGCUCUUACAAAAGAAGAAUUUGCUGCCUUCCUCCAUGCAGAAGAAGCAGAUCAUAUGAAAGAUGUUGUAGUAUUAGAAACUAUGGAAGACAUUGAUAAAGAUGGAGAUGGCAAAAUAUCUCUUUCCGAAUACAUUGGUGACAUGUUUGAAGGUCCAGAAGGAGAAGAAGAACCUGAAUGGGUAAAAAAUGAAAAAGAACAGUUUUCUAUGUAUCGAGACAAGGAUGGUGAUGGCUUUUUAAACUUUGAAGAAGUCAAAACUUGGAUUAUUCCAGCUGACUUUGAUCAUGCAGAAGCUGAAUCUCGACAUUUAAUAUUUGAAGCAGACACGGACGCAGAUCAAAAGCUUACAAAAGAUGAAAUAUUAGAAAAAUAUGAUAUUUUCGUUGGUUCUCAAGCAACUGAUUUUGGAGAUGCAUUAACUAGGCAUGAUGAAUUUUAAUAAAAUUUCGUUAUAUAUGAUUCUUAAAUAAUUCCUUUAUAAACGAACAAAAAGUACACUUAAAGUAUCAGCAACAGAAUGUCUAAAGCAUUUAAAAAAGAUAUUUAUCUUUAUCAGUAGACUAAGAAUCUUUUUAUAAUGGCUGAUUUUUACUUACCUCAUUAUCUUUAGAAAUAUUAUACCUUUAAAAAAUGUAAAUAUAUAUAAACUUUGUAAUAAAUCACAAACAUUUUAAA